UACUUAUAUUUCUACAGCUUUGACGAUUGCUGUCAAGAAUGGGAUGACAUCUCGAUGAUUUGCAAAGUCUGUUCUCCCGGAUACGUUGGGUCAAACUGCACACAGAUAUGUCCGUAUCCCAAUUAUGGCUUGGAUUGUCAGGGAAAGUGUGAAUGUGAUGAACGCCUCUGUGACAUUACUACAGGAUGCUAUGCUGAGUCUGUAGGUUGCAGACAAGGUUACUUUGGUGAUCGCUGUGUGUAUAGAUGCCGAUUUCCAAAUUAUGGGAAAUACUGUCAGCAUAAGUGCCAGUGUAAGGAAUCUGAAUGUAGUCAUGUGACCGGAUGUGGAGAGAAUCAAGUCACGUUCAAUAUCUCUGUAACCAACUCACUAAACAAGGACAAAAUUUCCACAGAAGUUUCGAUGUUAGUCAUCGUACUUUCUAUUGCUUUGACCUUUGUCGUCAUUCUAGCAGCAGUCAUUAUAUUUGUCUUUUGUCGACGUCAAAAAUCAACAAGUGAGCCACAUCAUUUACCUGCACCUCAGAUAAGAGGUUAUUCGGACUCAAUUAACUAUUUUGUUGAUGAUUCCAGUCAACGAUAUAGUUCAAUGUAUGAUACUCCAAGAAGUCGCCUCGAGACUGGCCGAAUUUCCUUGAAUCAACAACGGGAGAGUUCAUCCACCAAAAUAUACCCGGUGUCAUCUGACUACUAUGAGCCUGUUGACGCUUACACGCAACUGGACAAAAUGGAUGGAGCUGACUGUAGUUAAAGAAGAAGCAAGAAUGUUUUUCUCUGAUGAAUGCCAAAACGCAGAAUAUAUUUUGUUUUCAAAAAUCUUUAAUCACGAAGUUUUUUUUAUAUUUAAGGUAUACACAUAUUGUUAUUUGUUUUCACACAUGAAGAAGAACGUUAAGAAGCAUUAUUUACAUGAAUAAGUUUUCUUUUUUUCUGUCCAUAUUUUAAAGUGAAAUUUA